ACGCAAUAUCAAUUGCAGUAUUCUGUGUGAGGAGCAGAGAUGGGGAGGUGGUUGCAUUUGGGGGUGUGAGGACCUCGCGUCGCUUCCUCUGUUAGUGUAUUAGGUGUAAUAAAUUACUGUUAUAUUUCCUGAAUGGCCACUUCCAGAUGCAUCCAGGUUUGAGCGGCAGUACAAACCAAGAAUCAAUAAAAAAUCAUUAAACAGUGAUCCGCCGGAAGGUGUCUGCUGACGAAAUGGAAUUGUGGUCUUCUCGUCUGCUUACAAAAGCAAGAUUCUGAUUUAGUAAAAACUGUAACGUUGUAAUUCGCAGACGACUUCCGGAAAAAAUACUUUAGCAACUAAGAUGACAUUCUCUCGACCAACGAACUGAAGAGACAAUCGCAGACCAGUGAAGAGGCGCAAAAAUAGAAAUGAUUCUAAAGAACCCAACAUCUACAGCUUGACCGCUAUCAGUAGUUAUGCAAAUAUUACAGUUAGUCCAUCAUAACGUGUCUUUAUGAAAACUCUACUGUGAGACCAUCGUCGUUGCCACUGACCAUGCAAAAAGGAGACGUCGUCGCCGUACAGGUGCCCACCCUGUCUCUGAACGGCGUCGCCACGGCUGUGACGUUCUUCCUGGGGAUGGUUCUCUUCCUGCUGGCCUUCGGAUCGUCAGAGUGGUUGGGGCUGGACGGCGGAAUUACCGUCAGUCUGUGGAAGAGCUGUCAGAAGAACUUCAAGACGGACGAGUGGACGUGCGCUCCGUGGGACGAGUUGCCAGAUUUUGUGAGAGCCACACAAGGAUUCUGUGUCAUAGGUCUGUUAAUCUACGUCGUGUCCGCCAUCGUGCUGGUCAGCUACCUCGUGAUGCCGUCGCUACACGAAAUACGCAGCAUCCUCAUUGCAAUAUGUCUCCUCACAUUCUCCGCAGGUUGCAUGACUCUAAUGGCUCUGGUUGUGAUGGGAAUCAAGGGCAAGGACUUCUGUCUGGACAUCCGGCGAGACAGCAUCAAGUUGUUCCAGUUCUUCGCACAGGGCGUGUACGCGUCCGGACAGUUCUACAUCGGGUGGUCAUCCGUCGUGGCCAUCCUGUCCUCGCUAGUGACGCUGUCCAGUUUCGUCUUCAGCAUGAUAGAGUUCAUGAGAAUCAACGAUCUUCCCACGCACCAUGUAUAACUCGUCGUGUGUCCUUAGAGAGCAUAUAUACCUUAUUUUCGCGGCAUAACUUCACAAUCACAUUCCACCGUCAUCUCUCAUAACACAUUGUUGUAAAUUUCACUCACCUCAAAGGUUUUUGGUCAUCCACAAAGCAGUUUGGUUUGGGUAACAUCAUUGCUUUUGAAUGUAUCCAGUCCAGGACUGUCUUGAAGGAAGAGCGAAGCUGAAAAAUGGGCCUAGUGUAGAUUAUUGAUGUUAAACUGUAUAGAGUACGUGCUUUUUGUGGUCUCAAUGUUGGAGCUUGUGCCCAACAGUUCACACGUGCGCUGAUAGUUUGGAUGAGACAACCUUAAAAGUUGACAACGAAACAUUUCCUUUGUUUUAAACUGACGUAGAAAGGCGAUGUCGGACCCCUCAUCUUACUCUGGAUCCGCUGCUAACCUCGUUGACAACGACAUUUAGUUUUGUGUAACAGAGCUUGAACAGGACUUGUAACACUACACACGUUCACUUAGUUUGGGUAUCCAGCAUCAAGGUUAUAAUGAAUACCGAAGGGUGUUACACUUCUGGGGCCGAAUUUACAAAAGUCUGUUUUUCUUAAACGCACGUGUUUAAGCUUUGUACAUAUAUGUAGAUAUAUGAGUGUGAGACACACAAACAAACGAUACGUCAAACCCACCAAAAUUCCUACCAGAACGCCCCAAAACAGGCUUUGUAAAUUCGAUCCCUAUAGUUAAAGGCGCAGAUCCUAGUUUUAACUGACACUAAGUUUAGUUAAUUUACAAACCUGUAACUCAUUUGGAUACAGUUACAAUAGAGUGAAAGAAGAGUCUGUGACAUUAAAACCGGGAAAUAGCCUUAAAAAUAGACUAGAACUCAAAUCAAUAACUGCUACUUCGAUAUAUGAAAAUAUGAAAAGAUGCCUUUGUUUUGGUAUUAGAAACACAAGGAUGACCAGAAACACU